AUGGACGAAUCCUUGGGCGCCAACUCUCCACCUAUUAUCCACCCCGACGAUCUGGGUCCCCCUCCGGGUUCCAUCCUCCUCGAUGUGUUGGGCUACAUCAGCUCCCGCACCACCGCCACCACCGCCGAGGGUUUCUCGAGUACCGACAAGCGCAUCAAGGUGACCUUCUGGGCGGCCCACCCGCCGCGAGCCUCCUGGUUCACCGUCUGCAGCCCGGAUCUGGAGCCCUCCACCGAAUUCGCCUCCACGCCAAACAUCGUCAACACGGAGGAUGACCUCGUACUUCUCCGGGUCCCUAUCUGCCUUCCCUGGGGCGUUCCAAACUUGUACGGCAACGACUACUUCGUCUAUCAUGCCGGCACCGAGAACAAGGGGCCAUCGCUGGAUCUGGUCCCCGCGCCCCCCCCGCACAUCGACUUCUCCGACUGCCAGGUUGGCCUCCUGCGCUGCCGCGCUCGCGACAUGUACUUGGUCGCUAUACUCACUUGGGCGGCAAUCCGCGAGGCAGGGGACAAGUACUAUCUUCACCUCUACAGCUCCGAGACCAAGACAUGGAGCACCAAGUUGAUGACGUGCCUUGAUUCCCGACCGAAAUCGCUGCUGUACAGGUACUCCGGCAAGGUGAUCACCAUAGGAGGGGAGCUCGGUUCAGUGGGCUGGGUCGAUCUCUGGCGGGGCAUCCUCAUCUGCGACGUCCUCCUGGACAACCGCGAGCUUCGCUACAUUCCACUGCCGUCGCCAGCUGUGCCCAGGCCGUUCUGGCUUCCUGCUGGAGUGGCUUGUCGGGAUAUCAUUGCCCUAGAAGGUCACAUCAAGUACUUUUAGAUGUGGGUGUCACUGAACGGAGGUUGGGAGGCGGUCGAAUGGAGAAGGAAAGAUUCUUGGAAGAAGUGGAAGAAGCACCGUGUGAUCAAAGUUUCGGUGGACCUGGCCGAGGCUGAAAUCAAAGAGCAGCCAACCUUGAAGGCCUUCUCAGGUUUUCCUGCUCUGGGCUUGCAUGAUGAUGCUGGUGUUGUUUACAUCAUGGACAGACACGGUUACACGGACAAAGAGGUACUGGUGAUUGCUGUUGAUAUGAGGAAGCAGACUAUACAAGGUGUGGCUGAUUAUGUCCGAAGGAUUCCCUUGGCUUACAGUUUCUACUGUGUUAGUGGGAUCUCCAAGCAUCUGCGUUGGACGUCCUCUGCUAGAGGGAAUGCUGAAACAAGUACAAAUGAAAUUGUGCAAGCUGGCAAGGAGGAGGUUGGAAGGGAGGGCGUGCAAUCUCAACUUAGUAAAGUUCACGGAACAAGCCGCAAGUGCAGAGGAAGACGUAGCCGUUGCCGGUGUUUAAAGUGACAACCCACAUGGGACUGGGACUAUAUUUGAUUGGUCUGUUUUAUGAUUCCGAAAUCAGUGUGUGGGUCAUAUGUAGACUGCAGUGUGUGCUCUUUGGAUUAUGUUUCAUCUUGUCUUGUGUCUGCUUUAUUAGAGUCGAGAAUUAUAUGUCAACUUGAACUUAUUUGCU